AUGAAAAAUAGACUUUUAUUUCUGUUUUUCAUAGUUUUUAUUUCUUCUAUACAAGGUAAGCUUCACUUUUUCUCUAACUUAGAAAAAGGGUUGUAGAAUUUUAAGAUUUUUGAGAUCUGAAGCUUAUUUUGAGUUUCGAAUGUAACAGUAUUAAAAUAUAAUGUGCGGCGAAUUUUUUUAGUUGAAAAAAUUUACUGUUUCAAAAAUUUAAUUUCAUUUUUGGACGAUAAUUUUCAGUGUUGAGUUCAGAAUAAAAUUAAAAAAAUUAUAUAUUUUUUUAAAAUUGUUUUGAACCAAAAAUACAUAGUGUUUUUUUUAAUUUCCAUGAAUUUUUUGGCUACAAUUUCCAAAGUUCAAUUUAAUUUGACUAAAGUUCCGGAUCGCAAUAAAUCACAAAUUGUUGCCAAUAAUUUAUAUCACCUUUCUCUUCUCUCAUCUCAUCUCAUUUUCUCGAGAAAAAAAACCUGCGCAAGAGAAAAAAACAGCUAGCAACAAUCUUAGACUUAGCCUAAAUCCAGGUCGAAACGAUAUCAUUGAAGAAAACGAGAAGACAUGCUUAUUGAAACGUGAAAUGACCACCGGUUUUUUCUAUGUUAGCCAGGCCAGAGAAAAUCAGGAUUCUUGAUAAUCCAUAACAAUUAAUGAGAUGAUGCUGCUGCAUACCUUUUCUUUUUUCGCCAGGGAUUUUUGAAUUUACAUACUAAAAGAGAAAUUUGAAUUUGAAUUCGAAUUUUUAUCAAGACCACACCUUUCGCAAUCCUUGAUCAUCCAAAAAAAAUCGCUAACCACACAAAUAAAAUCCGGAAUACUUCGCUCUUCAACCUUGAAGUUUUGUCCUGCCAAUUAUCAGUUUUUUUUUGCCUUCCAAGCAAAAAUACCUGAAGAUAUGGUUUUUAGUAUCACUAGCCGAUGAUGAUAACGAUGUUGAUGGAUCUGGUGAAAGUGGACACGCACCUGGAACAAUUGGAGAUGUUGGAAAAUUGACCGAAGAGGAUAAAGUUGAUCCGAAUGAGUGAGUUUUUGAUAGAAAAUAAGUAUCUACAAAUAUAAUUUUGGGAGUUUAAAGAACUACAAGUAGAAUUACACAUUUUCGAAGGCCUUGGAAUUUUUUCAAUUGAAAUUCUACUUUUGAGUAUAAGAAUUAUGUUCGGUGAAGUUUCAGAAAAGCUUCAACAACAAAAAUUACUUUUCUCCGCCCUUAAUAACACUUUUUCUACAGUAAAUCUUGCCGAGACCGCCACGAUCUUUGCAAAUUCUGGUCAUCAAUCGGUGAAUGUGCAACAAACAAAAAUUGGAUGGAAGAUCAUUGUCCAGUUUCUUGCGAUGUUUGCAAAGGUUUGACAACUUGUAUUGAUCGACAUCGACUUUGCGGAUUUUGGGCAACAAUUCGAGAAUGCGAAACGAAUGCAGUUUGGAUGUUAUCAAAUUGUCCAAAAGCAUGUAAAGCGUGUAAGGGAAGAAUUUUGAAUAUUGGUGGAACUGGACCUGAUGGAACUUUUGUGCCGGAGGAUUGUACUUUUAUUACUACAAAUGAAGAUACUUCAACUAGAAAGGUUAGUGAUAAACAACUUCAAAAUAUUCUUUUAGUUACUGUAAUCUGAUGUAUUCCUCCUCAAAAAUAAUUAAAAAUUCCAAAUUUCCAGACUUUAUCCACCCGAGAUGUUCGCGAUUCCAACGCCAAUUUCAACUGCGCUCCAACUCAAGAAAUUCCAAACUGCAACAAAAAUCUGUGCUAUCACUUACGCUACCGUACUUUCGAUGGAACUUGUAAUAACUUGGAUAAACCAAUGAAAGGUUCAGCUUUCCAAGCUCUUAUGAGACUCAAAAAACCACUUUAUGAUAAUGGUUUGAAUGCACCAACUUGUAAGUAUUGAUUUUUUUGAAGUUUUUUGUGGAACUAUGAGAUAUCUGAAAUUUUCAGCUUCAUUUUUGAGAAGUCGUCCAUCAGCUCGUGAUGCUUCUCGACUUCUUCUAAGUUCUUCCACACAAAUUCAACAUCAUUCGAAUGCUUUGUUGAUGCAAUGGGGACAAUUUAUUGCUCAUGAUUUAUCGAAAACUACUAUGCUCAACAAUCAGGUUAGUUUUUAUUUUUGAAAAUAUUGCAUAAGCUGUGGAACCAAGUAAUCUAGGUUUUUCGAGAGUUCAGAAGUUUGUUUUGAAAUUUUGCAAACUCAUAUUUAGGAAUGCGCUGCUUGCACAUCAAACAAAGGUCGUUGCACAUCAGUAUUCCUCUCUCGAUCUGAUCCAACUUUUGGUCGUUUUAUGUGUUUGCCAGUCGCUAGAUCAACACCAGUUUGUGGAACUGGAACAACCAAUUUCCGUGAACAAUUCAAUGAGAAUACCGCAUUUAUUGAUGGUUCAAUGAUUUAUGGAAGCAGUGAUCGCGAUCAAUUUUUGUUCAGACAAGGAGCAUUUUUGAAAACCAAAUUGAUUAAUAAUCGAGUCUUUCCACCAGUUGAUAAGAACAAUAAUGUUGUAGCUGGAGAUGAUCGAGCUAAUAUUUUUGUUGGAUUGGCUGCUCUUCAUGUUUUAUUCCUCAGAGAACAUAACAGGUACUUUUUCGGAAUUUUCAAUUCGAGCAGACUCUGAAUUUUGGAAAAAAAAACCAACACUUAUUUUCCAAAUCUGAAAAAUAAAAAAAAAUCUGUUCCCAGAAUUGCUGCAACUCUUCAACGUGUCAAUUCGCAUUGGGAUCAAGAACGUGUAUUCCACGAAUCACGUAAACUUAUGGGAGCUAUGAUUCAAAAAAUCACAUUUACUGAAUACCUUCCAAAAGUUCUUGGAGUUGUAUUUGAUGAAAGAAUUGGAGCAUAUCCAGGAUAUGAUAAAGAUAUUGAUCCAUCAGUCGCCAACGAGUUCACAAGUUGUGCAUUCCGUUUUGGACACGGAAUGAUUCAAGAAUUCUAUCCAUUCUUAGAUGAAAAAUUCAAUCAUGUCGGAGGUAUUCCAUUUAAUGAUGGAAUGUUCAAAUCACAACAUAUUUUGAAUAAUGGAAUUGAUCCACUUCUUCGCGGUUUGAUUACACUUCCAGCAAAAAUGCCCCAAAGAUUGACACCGGCUGUGACUGAAAGAAUAUUCGGAAAUUCUGAUUUGGGAAGUAUUAAUAUUCAGCGAGGAAGAGAUCACGGAGUUCCGCCAUAUACAGUUUGGAGAACAUUCUGUGGAUUACCAGAAGUGAAAGAUUUUGAGGAUUUGAGAGCUUUUAUUUCGAACAAAGUUGUUGUUGAUAAUUUGAAAGUUGUUUACAAACAUGUUGGUGAGUUAUCUAAAAAUGUUUUCAAUUUUCAAAAAUUUAAUAUUAUUUAUUUCUAGAUGCAAUCGAUAUGUAUGUUGGAUCACUUUUUGGAAGAUCCAGUUAAAGAUGGAUUAGUUGGACCAACUCUCUCAUGUAUUAUUGGAGAACAAUUUAAGAGAACUCGAAAUGGUGAUAGAUUAUGGUAUGAAAAUGACAAAGUGUUCACACCGGAACAACUUCGACAAAUCAAAAAAGUGACAAUGGCACGGAUAUUAUGUGAUGCUGGAGAUCACUUUGCACUUGUUCCCAGCAAAGCUUUCAGUGUUUUCAAGGCUGCAAAUGCAAAAUUACAAAGGUAUGUUGGAAAAAAUUAGUAUUUUUCCAUAAAUUUUGUAGAAUAUAACAAAUUGACCUUCAAAAUUCAAUGAAAUUUUUCAGAUGCGAUGAAAUUGCUGAUAUCGAUUAUAGCGCUUGGAAAGAAGAGCUCAAAGUCUAG